AUGGAGGCGCCAACUGAGAUAGACUGCUAUCGGGUCCUUGGUCUCACGCAAUCCGCCACGGCGGCGGAGAUCAAAAAGGCGUACAGGAAAAAAUUACUGAUGACCCACCCGGAUAAGAAUCCGGGGAUAUCGUCGGAUGAGUUUUGCAAGGUGCAAGAGGCGUACGAAACCCUCCAAGAUGACGAAAAGAGGAGAGUUUUCGACCAAAAAUAUGACGAUAUUCGCGAGGAGUGGGACAUGUAUGUGCGAGGGGAAACCCGUGGGCGCAAAGAGAAGAAAGCCACUGGUAUCCCGCCCUAUGAGAGAUCAGCCCCAGCCCCAGAGAAACCGUUUCCAGGACGAAGAACUAGCCCUGGACCAUCAACGUUCCGAGCUCACUCCCGGGGACCACGCGUACGGGCAACACCGCGCAGGUCGUACUCCCCCAUUCAUAAAACAAAGGCACGCUCUCCGUCCCCUCGAAUGCGCAGGUCCCAUCGCCCAUCGAAAUCAGAUUUGCCUGCGCAAAAUCGCGGCCCUUCACCAAAACGACAUGCAUACUCCCAAUCGGUCCCGUCAUAUAACUACAAAAUCAUCAGACCCCGAUGGGCCACUGACGACGACAUUCCUAUAAUAUCACCGAAAUCACACCGACGAAAUGAACCACUUGAAUAUGCAGAAAUCUCCCCGCGCAGCCCGCGAAGCCCGCGGACUCCAACCCGAACAAACCCAGUCACGCUCUACGCGGAAUCCUACACGGAUUACUACACUCAGCAAGUGACAGCCACAACAGUACUUAUCGAGCCGCGCAACCAGUACACCGUAAAUAAGCCCGUAUCACCAGUCACCGCUGAAAGGCCGAAACCAUCACCAUUGCCCUACAACACGGUGACAAUCCAGCCAUCCCAUAGCUACGCCUACGAGUCACCUUACGAUUACGCAGUGAUCGUGGGCAGUAGCCGGCGAUUUGAAGGCACCGUUGAUUUGCGUUUUGCUCCAAAACUUAGGAUGCAACGUUUUAACUCUGACGUUUUCUAA